AUGAUGUUAUAUUGGAAGUCCUCCUGCGCUCCUCGUUCCAGGGGUGCCGUGAGGUCUUUCUCGCGACAUGGCUCGUCACUUCUGGUCAAAACGGAACCACAGAGUUUAUCACACAAUGGGCAGAUGAGGCUUUCAUCCACCGCUACCAGUGAUCUACACUCAAAGCAAUCUCUUUCGGUCCCUGCCUCAUCCAGGUUCAACGAUAUUGGAGUCCAACAAUUAAGCGACUAUGUUCAUGCCCAAGUUUUCCCAAACAAAGGUCGUAUCCCAAACCCUGACCUCGUCGCACUAUCGAAGGAUCAUUUGGCGCGACAUGAGCUGCUGGGCAAAUCGCAGACUGGCGAUGGCCCUGUCGCAUUCGAUCUUCCAGAGCUUAAAGGCCAGACCUUAGAUGAACAUUUCCACAAACUCGGAAUGGAUUGUUCUGAGCCCUACCUGACAUAUGCCAAAUCCUAUGCAGCUCUGAACUGUCCGACUAAACCGCGCAAAUGGGUGAAACGCAGCGGAUGGACAAAAUACAAGAAGGAUGGCACAUCGGAGCCUGUGGAUGCCCCAAAUGAAUCCAUGCUCACAUUUGAUACCGAAGUCAUGUAUAAGGAGAACUCAUUUGCAGUCAUGGCUUGCGCAGUGAGCCCAACAGCUUGGUAUGCUUGGUUGUCCCCCUGGUUACUUGGCGAAUCGGAGAAUAAAGUUCAACUGGUGCCUUUGGGAGACUCAACUCAACCUCGCAUCGUAGUGGGGCAUAAUAUUGGCUAUGAUCGAGCCCGCAUUCUCGAAGAAUACGACAUGCAACAAUCUCAAAACUUCUUUCUCGACACAAUGUCUCUUCAUGUGGCGGUUAAUGGCAUGUGUUCGCAGCAGCGACCAACCUGGAUGCGACACAAGAAGAACCAGGACUUGAAAGACAAAAUUGCGAACGAUCACAACUCAAUGGAGCUCGCUGCACUUCUCGAAAACAAUAUGCUUAGAGAAGAAGAAGAAGAGCUUUGGGUCGGCAGAAGCUCGGUGAAUUCGUUGCGGGAUGUUGCCAAAUUUCAUUGUGAUGUCACAAUUGACAAAGCGCAAAGAGAUCUGUUCGGCGAACUUGACCGGGACGCCAUCGUUGGGAGACUGGAGGAGCUUCUCGACUAUUGCGCCGCUGAUGUUGCCAUUACACACCGUGUGUACCGCAAGGUCUUUCCCAAUUAUCUCGAGACUUGUCCGCAUCCCGUUAGUUUUGGUGCCCUUCGACACUUGUCUUCCGUCAUAUUGCCGGUCAACCAAUCCUGGGAAGAGUAUCUUGCCAGCGCAGAAGAAACAUACCACAAGCGACUUGAUGGUGUACAACGAAAAUUGAUUGAACUGUGCGAUGAGGCAUUGAAAUGUAAAGAUAACCCAGACACCCAUAUGAGUGAUCCUUGGCUGCGCCAGCUGGACUGGUCUGGCCAAGAGAUCAAAAUGGUGAAGGGAAAGAAAAAGGGCGAUCCUCCUCGCCCAGCAGCAAGACAGAAGAAACCAGGAAUGCCAAAAUGGUACAAAGAUCUCUUCCCCACUAGCACUGCAGAUAUCAAUCUGACAGUAAGAACGCGCAUUGCACCCAUUCUACUGAAGUUGUCAUGGGACAACUUCCCCCUCGUUUGGUCUGAUAAACACGGGUGGACGUUCCGCGUUCCUCGUGAACAGGUCAAACAAUAUGAGAAUCAGCCUGUCGUCAAGUGUGAUAUGACAGAGGAAAAGAUCAUUGAGUUAAGGGAGGAUACAACAGCCACGUACUUCAAAAUUCCUCAUAAAGAUGGCCCACAAGCCAGAUGUACUAACCCAUUGGGCAAAGGGUACAUGCAGUACUUCGAGCGUGGCAUAUUGUUAUCUCAGUUUGAGCUUGCCAAGGAAGCGCUUGAAAUGAAUGCAUCCUGCUCCUACUGGAUAAGUGCUCGAGAUCGAAUUAAGGGCCAAAUCGUGGUCUACCAGGAUCAGGUCAAGACUACCGGACACAAAGAAGCAAACGGCAACCGAGUCGGCUUCAUUUUACCACAAGUCAUCCCCAUGGGAACAAUUACUCGGCGUGCCGUGGAAAAUACAUGGCUUACUGCAAGUAACGCCAAGGCAAAUCGUGUUGGUUCAGAGUUAAAGGCCAUGAUCAAGGCACCCCCAGGCUAUUCAUUCGUAGGCGCCGAUGUCGACUCCCAAGAAUUGUGGAUUGCAAGUCUCGUUGGAGAUGCUACCUUCCAGAUUCACGGAGGAAACGCAAUUGGGUUUAUGUGUCUCGAAGGGUCUAAGGCCCAGGGAACUGAUCUUCACUCGCGAAGUGCUUCAAUUCUAGGCAUUUCUCGCAAUGAUGCCAAAGUUUUUAACUAUGGUCGGAUCUACGGCGCUGGCGUUAGAUUCGCCGCUACCUUGCUUCGCCAAUUCAACCCAUCUCUAACCGAAAGGCAGACGCAAGAGACUGCUCAGAAUCUAUAUAAGGAGACAAAGGGUACGCGCACCUCACGUCGUCUUUUGAGUGAAACGCCCUUUUGGCGCGGUGGCACUGAAUCUUUCGUGUUCAACAAACUCGAAGAAUUUGCGGAUCAGGAACGGCCUAGAACCCCUGCUCUGGGUGCCGGAAUCACCGAGGCACUCAUGCGACGAUUCAUCAACAAAGGCAGCUUCAUGACUUCUCGAAUCAACUGGGCUAUUCAAUCGUCUGGUGUGGACUAUCUCCAUCUCUUAAUCGUUGGCAUGGACUAUCUCAUCCGACGUUUCAACCUCCAAGCCCGGCUAGCUAUUACAGUCCAUGAUGAGAUUCGCUACCUGGUCAAAGAUGAGGACAAAUACCGCGCUGCGAUGGCAUUGCAAAUUGCCAACGUUUGGACUCGCGCCAUCUUCUCGCAGCAAGUGGGCAUCGAUGAUCUUCCUCAAUCUUGCGCUUACUUCUCAGCUGUCGACAUUGACCAUGUACUUCGCAAAGAAGUUAACAUGGACUGUGUGACUCCUUCUCAUCCCCACAAGAUCCCACAUGGCGAAACUCUGGACAUUUCCCAACUCCUGGGCAUGAACCAGGAAGCUUUCUUAGACCCUUCCAUCAUCCCCAAAUCGCCUCCAAACCCCGAUAAAUACCCGUACACGCCACGGGAGUCGGUUAUGUCCGGCUUGCAAGCCUCCAAUGACAUUGAUUUCAUCAAAGCUCAGAUCACCAAGGACGAUAAAGAGCUCCGUGAAAUCAUCAAGGAGAAGACUCGAGCAGCCACUGGCGCUGACACCCCUACCUCUCGCAACCCCUCCACUAAACCGGGGGCCAAAUCAACGAGUUGGUCCUCUGCGAAGCCUCAAAGGGCGGUCAUGAUGGAAACGCAGUCAGGUCUUUACCCUGAUUUCCGCAGUCCCCCUCGGGUUCCCUCUCAUGGGAGCAAACAGCCUCAAAUAGGUUUCCACCGUCCUUCAUGGAAGCCACGCCCGACGGCGCGAGCUUGA